CAACUUGGUUGAAUAUCUACAGAUUUAUCUCGUAUGAGAUACGAAUUAAUCACAUGACUCAUACAUAUCUCACAUUGCCAAACAAACUUCAGCCAAAUAAUUUGAAACAUUUAUUAUCACUUUACGGUGAGGAAAUAUACCAGCAAGAAUGAAUCGCAAGGUCCCAGAUAUUAAAUACACUCAGUUAUUUAUAAAUAACGAAUUUGUGGAUUCAGUAAGUUAUAAAAAAUUCCCUACUAUAAAUCCAGCUGAUGGCACCAUUAUUGCACAAAUCUCUGAAGGUGAUAAGGCAGAUGUAGACAAAGCAGUUGCAGCUGCAAAUCAAGCAUUUAGUAGAGGAUCAGAAUGGCGAAAUAUGGAUGCAUCUGCUCGUGGAAAACUUAUGAACAAAUUUGCAGAGCUUAUUGCAAGAGAUUUAGAAUACAUUGCCACACUUGAAACUUUAGAUAAUGGAAAAGCAUAUUCAAAUGCAAUUUUUGAUAUAGAGUGUAGUAUAGAUACAAUUCGUUAUUAUGCUGGCUGGUGUGACAAAAUUUUUGGAGAUACUAUUCCAGCAGAUGGAAAUCUUGUCUCACUUACGCGCAAGGAACCAGUUGGUGUAGUAGGUCAAAUUAUCCCUUGGAAUUAUCCUUUUCUUAUGUUGGCCUGGAAAUGGGGUCCAGCUUUGGCUACUGGAUGUACUAUUGUUUUAAAGCCAGCAGAACAAACUCCUUUAACUGCCCUCUAUGCUGCAGCACUUGCUAAAGAGGCUGGAUUUCCACCUGGUGUUGUAAAUGUUAUCACUGGUUAUGGUCCAACAGCUGGUGCAGCUAUUGCUGAACAUUCAGGAAUUCAAAAAGUUGCAUUCACUGGAUCUACAGAGGUUGGUCGUCUUAUAAUGGCAGCUUCUUCUAAAAGUAAUCUUAAACGUGUUUCUCUUGAACUGGGUGGCAAGAGUCCAUUAGUUAUUUUUGAUGACGUUGAUGUUAAGGAAGCAGCUGAAAUUGCUUACAAUGCAAUAUUUGCGAAUCAUGGACAGAAUUGUUGUGCUGGUUCACGUACUUUUGUACAUGCUAAAAUUUAUGAUCAAUUUGUUACUUAUGCUAAACAAUUGGCAUUGAAAACAAUAGUUGGUGAUCCUUUUGACUCUGAAACUCAACAAGGACCACAAAUUGAUCAAGAAAUGUUUGAUAAAGUAUUAGGUUUAAUUAAAUCAGGAAAAGAAGAAGGAGCUAUGUUAGAAACUGGCGGGGAACGUCAAGGCAGUGUUGGUUAUUUUAUUAAGCCUACCGUUUUUUCAAAUGUGACUGACAAUAUGAGAAUUGCGAAGGAAGAAAUAUUUGGACCUGUUCAAUCUAUUUUAAAAUUUGAAACAAUGGACGAAGUAAUUGAACGUGCAAACAAUACAAAUUAUGGUCUUGCUGCCGGUGUUCUUAGUAAAAACAUUGAUAAAGCAUUAGUAUUUGCACAAGCAAUACAAGCUGGAAGCGUCUGGAUAAACUGUUAUGAUGCUAUCACACCUCAAACUCCAUUUGGUGGAUUCAAACAAUCAGGAAUAGGUCGUGAACUUGGUGCAGAAGGAUUAAAAGAGUAUCUUGAGACUAAAACAAUUUCUAUUAAAAUCCCAACGCGUAAUUAAGAAUAUUAUGUACAGUUACCUGUACAUUGCAUUUUGUUAUAUGAAGUUUAUAUAAAUUUAUAUUUUAAUAAAAUUAUUGUGCUUA